GGGGCGAGGCGUGGCACGGAGCCGCAUGCUCACCUGGCCCUGCAUGGCAACAGGCAAUGGAGCUGUAGGUCCCGUCGGGAGCGGACCCGCGCCCGGUUCGAGAGGCAGCAGCGGGUGGCAGAGGAGGGAGGGCAAACUGGCAGCCCCUGGCAACCUGGGGCUGACGGCAGGAGGCUGGGCGCACCGCGGGUUUCCCCCCGCCAGCAGGAUGGUGAACCUGGAGUCCGUGCACGCAGCUGUCCCUGAAGGAGAACGUGGCCCCGGGUGUGGUGGCAGCCAUCACUUCAAGGAGAUCAAGAUGAGCAGCGAUGCGGCGGAUUCCACGGACACCCGGCACGAACCCGACCAAGUGGAGCCAGGAAGUGAGCAGAAUGGGCUGGACUUUAACAGGCAGAUUAAAACUGAAGACCUCAGUGACUCCUUGCAAUCUACAAUCCCCCCCAGGUCAGGACACCUUGUACAGGGAUCCUCGAUGAUGCCUGGAAGCCAGAUCGCAGGGGAUAUGAGCUCUCUCCACACCCUGCAGCAGCUCGUAUUGCUUCCCGGCCACAUGCAGUCCGUCCCCCAGUUCCUCCUCUCCCAGUCCCAGGCAGGGCAGCAAGCCUUGCAGCCCAACAUCCUUUCCUUCCCCCAGCAGCAGGGCAGCCUUCUCCUCUCCCAGCCAGGACCCAGCCUGGCAUCACAGGCCGUGGGCCGCUCUGGGCUCCCUGGCUCAUCCGUCGAACCUCACCUGGAUGUACCUCAGCACCUGCAAGUGGCCAAGCACCUCACUCCAUCCGGAGCAUCUGAGGAGCCCAGCGACUUGGAGGAGCUCGAGAAGUUUGCUAAGACUUUCAAACAAAGGCGGAUCAAACUGGGGUUCACACAGGGUGAUGUUGGCCUUGCCAUGGGGAAGCUCUAUGGCAACGACUUCAGCCAGACUACCAUUUCCCGCUUCGAGGCUCUCAACCUCAGCUUUAAGAACAUGUGCAAGCUCAAACCUCUGCUGGAGAAGUGGCUGAGUGAUGCGGAAUCUGCUCCUUUGGAUUCCUCCAUGAGCACUCCCAGCUCCUACCCCUCCGUGAACGAGAUGUUCGGACGGAAAAGGAAGAAGCGAACCAGCAUUGAGACCAACAUUCGCUCCACGCUGGAGAAAAGAUUCCAAGAUAACCCCAAGCCCAGCUCAGAGGAGAUCUCCUUGAUAGCAGAGCAGCUCUCCAUGGAAAAAGAAGUGGUUCGGGUCUGGUUCUGCAACCGGCGCCAGAAGGAAAAACGGAUCAGCUGCCCGAUGCCAUCCCCCAUCAAAUCGCCCAUCUACAAUUCCAGACUGGUCUCUACCUCAGGGUCCUUGGGGCCCCUCUCUGUCAACCCGGUGCACAGCACCAUGCCUGGGACAGUAACAUCAUCGUGUUCCCCAGGGAACUCCAGCAGGCCCUCAUCCCCUGGCAGUGCCCUCCACGCCAGCAGCCCCAGCACAGCCCAGAGCAACUCCAAAGCUGCCAUGAACUCGUCCGGUUUCAACUCUUCAGGAUCUUGGUACCGAUGGAACCAACCUACCUACCUCCACUGAGACCACUCCGUCCCGUGUACGAGGAGCUCUGACCUCCAGCUAUGGACCAACUUCUCCAGGAACAAUGCUUGGGGCAACAUCUGGCGGCACAGUGCCUUCCAAGCACUGCCCAAUGAAGGCCGUGCUUAGGGGAACCCCGAGCAGCACAACUCCAGGGACUCAGGCUGCAGCUGACCUCCCCGAGAAUCUGAACACCGACAGUGACAUUUUAACUCUCUUCCAUACAUUCAUUCACUUCAAGAAUGAGCCCUUGCUUAGCUCUAUCAGCAUGAAACACUGCCCUCUGCUUGCAAACCUCUGUGCUCACACCGGACUGCCCGGCAAUCCCUCAUCUGGAAGGAUUCCUAUGUCAGGACCCUCUUUCCCCCCACUCAUUUCAGAGCUUCCCAAGAGAAGGGUCUGCCAUGCUGUUACUGUCACGCACACGUACCAAACCCCAAACUGAGCCGAGGUCACCCAGUUCAUUUCACCAGAGACCCGUGUCUAGAUGGCAGCCUUGGUUUCCCAUUGGCUUCCAAGGCCAACGACUGUGCUUUACCCACCACCAUGCUUGCUUUGCUUUGAGCCCUUCUGCUUUCCUCCUGAUUUUUUUUUCUUUCCCUCUUUUUUUUUUUUAUAUAUAUAUUAAGUAUUUUACAGUUUUCUUUUUUUUUUUUUUAAUUUUUUUUUUUUUUGCUUUAAAAAAAAUUGCCUCCUUUUGCAAAAUGUGUGUCCAGGUCUUGUUAUUGCUCCCAGCUGCCCAAUGGAGGAUGGCACUGCUUGCAGCCCCUUGUGAACUUCCGACUGCAAUGACCACAGAGUCCAUUUGUGUAGUGUUGAUGGGACAAAGACAAGCAUUGGCCAUCCCUUCUUCCUGUCAUUCAUCCAUUGGGCUUUGUCUGAUACCAAACCUCUGGAGCAGCGGUGCAAUGUGCUGGGGGAUGCUGUAGGGGAUGGAGCCGUGCUAUUCUCUGCCCUCCUUCCUCCUGGCUGGAGGUUGCCCUGCUCAGCUGUGAGACCAGAGGGAGUUGAGUGCAAGAGAUGCCAAAGGGUGGGAAAUGUCACCUUCCAUAUUGCUGGGGAGAUCAUGGUCGUGUCACGACUCUCCUCACGUGAAGGGGUAAAUAUUUAAUGCUCCUAAGUAGAUCAGAGCGAUGCGGAUUCGUGCUUGGGUUGUCAGUGGGCACAAGGCAGUGAAACUAGAGCAAAUGGGCGUUUGGCUCACAGGUUGUAAAUAGACACUUUUUGAGUAGUAGCUCUGUUUUGUUGUUGUUGUUGUUGGUUUUGAUGGCUCUUUUUAGGCAAACGUGAGCUUUUGGUUUGUUUGUUUUUUUUUUCCCCUAAGUAAAAUCUCUCCUUGGACACUUC